AUGACGUUGCUGCAGCACUCGGUGUGGCUGGUGUUGGCCUCCUAUUUGGUGUUUACCCGCGAGUGUGUCCAAGGCUGUUUGACCCAGGAGUUUACCUGCACUCACGGGUUAUGUGUGCCUGAGGACUGUGUGUGUGAUUUCACUGAUAACUGUGGAGAUGGCAGCGACGAGGAAAACUGUUUCAGAUAUAAGAGGUGUAACUUUGAGGGGGGAUUCUGUGACCUGAUCCAAAGCUCAGAGACAGUAUCUGAAUGGACCAGAACAACUGAAGUCCCGGGACUCAAACAUGACCACACCAACAAAACAUCAGCAUAUUUCUUGGCUCUGUUCCCUGUUGGAGGAAACAGAACCACAGCAGACCUGACCAGUCCUGUUUUCCUACCCAGUCAGACUUGCCAGAUGAGAUUGUACUAUUAUGUUGGGGCAACACAUGGAGAUCUUCAGGUCCUGGUUCAGACUCAUCCACUGGGUCAGAGCACGGUGCUGUGGAGGCACCCCACACAACUACAGAAGGAAACUUGGCUGCGGACAGUGAUUCAGUUUUCCAGUAAUCACAGUUUUCAGGUGGUCAUCCGAGGGGAACUUUCAGCUGACAGCGAAGCCUCUGAGGUCCUGGCCAUCGACGACCUAUCCUUCAGUCCCGGCUGCGUGACUGUGCCUGAGGGCAGUGUAUCCCCUCCUCCUGUUUGCCCUCCCUCGUGGUUUGCCUGUGGUGGUGGGGAGUGCAUCAAGAAAAGUAAAGUGUGUGACUUCAACCCAGACUGUCCCCACGGAGAGGACGAAGCCAGCUGCCCCUCUGAGUGUGACUUUGAGAGCAGUUCCUGUGGCUGGUACGAGCUCACCCUUGGUGAUGGCUUUGACUGGGUCAGGGGUUCAUCUGCGGAGGUGCCUCCAGACUACCAUGAACACCCACCGCCAUUGGACCACUCUACCAACAGCACUGAAGGCCACUUCAUGUUUAUACUGAAGAACAGCAGCAGUCUAUAUCCAAGAGCUGUUCUCCGAGGACCCUGGUUCCAACAGUCGGCCUCUGGGUGUACCAUGACCUUCUGGCAUUAUAAUUCAGGCAUAUCGGUGGGUGCUGCUGACAUGUACCUUCGAAUCAAUGGAGUCCAUAACAACACUGUCAUAUGGAGAACCUUGUACGAUCAGGGAACUCGUUGGAACCAGGUCACGGUGCAGCUGGGACGCAUCACCCAGCCCUUCCAGAUCGCUCUGGCUAAGAUCAGCCUUGGUGUGUUCGAUGGGGUCUCCGCCUUGGAUGAUAUCACCUUCAAAAACUGUUCGAUGCCCCUGGCAGUGGCAGAGUGUCCCCCGCACACUCAUUUCCACUGCGUGCACACCAAAGCCUGUGUGGAGCGCCUGCAGCUGUGUGACCUUGUGGAUGACUGUGGGGAUGGAUCAGAUGAGGAGGGAUGUUCUCCAGAGCUGCAGUGUAACUUUGAACACGGACUGUGCAGCUGGAAACAGGAGCAGAGUUUAGAUGUGUUUGACUGGACCCGCAUCCAAGGCCCCACUCCAUCCUUUAACACAGGGCCCUGGAAGGACCACACACUGGGCACUAACUACGGCCACUACCUCUACAUCGAGUCGUCCACCCCCCAGGAGUUCAAGGACACGGCCGUGUUACUGAGCCGAGUCUUCCAACCCACCCACCAGCGCGGCAAAGACCCCUCCAAGUCCCGUCACCACUGUGUUUUCCGCUUUCAUUACCACAUGUUUGGAUCACAUGUGUUCUGCCUGGCUGUGUACCUGAGGACCGCCUCUACAGGCCGUGGUCACAUGCUGUGGGUACGAUAUGGAGACCAAGGAAACCUAUGGCACAGGAAGACUCUCUACCUGAACAGCGCUCGGCCUUUCCAGAUUUUGAUUGAAGGUACAGUUGGAGAUGAUUUCAAUGGAGAUAUUGCCAUUGAUGAUCUUUCCUUCCUGAAUUGUGUCCCCUAUGAAGGGGAACUCCCAACGCCAAAUACCACAACCCCUGCAGUGACCACUCGAGCUCCCACAGUCCAGCCCCACAGCUGCCCUGAUGGAGAGUUUGUAUGUGGGGCACAUGGGGAGUGUGUUCCCCAGAUCAAAGAGUGCGACUUCAGACCUGAUUGCUCUGAUGGCUCAGAUGAAGAGAACUGUGUGAAGGAGAAGUGUGAUUUUGAAGGUGGUGACACAUGCGGUUGGAUGAGUGUCGACCCCUCUCUGGUCCCAAUCCAUGCAUUUCGCUGGGCACCUGAUCAAGGGGAAAGCAUUCAUGAUGGAGAGCAGUAUCAUCGUCCAAUUAAUGACCACACCCUAGGCAGCCCUGAGGGUUGGUAUAUGUGCGCAGACAGUUCCAAUGGCCACUAUGGUCAAACCACUGACCUCCUGACACCUGUCAUCUCCUCCACUGGUCCUCAGUGCACCCUCGUCUUCUGGUACCACAUGGUUGGAUUCACUGUAGGAUCACUGCAGGUGCUGCUGAAGUACAGAAAUGUCACUCAUGAGGUUUGGUCUCAGACUGGUAACCAAGGCAACAAAUGGAGACGAGGAGAAGUGUUUUUGGGGUUAUCAAACAACUUCCAGGUGGUGUUCAGAGCUAAGCGAGGGAUCAGCUACAUGGGCGACGUGGUGAUAGACGAUGUCAGCUUCGUGGACUGCUCCCCUCCACUGCCUUCAGAUCAGCCAUGUACAGCUGAGCAGUUCAGCUGUGCCAACAGCCACUGCAUCCCUCAGGACAACCUGUGUGACUUCAUCAAUCACUGCGGGGACAACUCUGAUGAGGAUCACUACAUCUGCAAGGGCUUUAGUGGACGCUGCAGUUUUGAGUUUGACCUCUGUUCCUGGCGCCAGUGCCGACAGGAUGACUUUGAUUGGCUGAUCAAAGCUGGCAGCACGCCGACAGUGGGCACGGGGCCAUCAAGUGACCACACCCUUAGAGACCCCUCAGGACACUACCUCUACCUUGAGAGCUCUUUCCCACACUCAGUUGGACACGUUGCCCAUAUAUCAGGACCCCUGCUAAGCCGCAGGAGCUCACAGUGCAAGAUGCGUUUCUACUUUCACAUGUCUGGAGACGGCAUCGGGACGCUCAGCGUGUUCAGGAAGAGUGAAGGAAAUCUUCAUCUCCUGCUGAACCUGACGGGAGACCAGGGCAACUACUGGCAGAUGAGGGAGAUCCCGCUGAGCUACACAGGAGACUUCCAGGUCAUGUUUGAGGGCAAAGUGGGCCGAAGUUCAAAGGGUGACAUCUGCCUGGAUGAUAUCACUUUCUCUCCGGGGUGUCUGCUCGCCUCUUCAGCAAAAUUAGAGGACAACACUCCUCCUCCUCCUGCAGGUUCCUGUCCUUCAGGCUUCCUGUCGUGUGAAAAUGGCCAGUGUUUCACUCCAGGGCAGAGUUGUGACUUCACAGAUGACUGUGGCGAUGGCACAGAUGAAAAGAAUUGUGGGACCUCCUGCUCCUUUGAGAACGGUCGCUGCGGCUGGAAGAGCUCCCUGGCUGAUAAUUUUGACUGGGCGCUGGGGACCGGAUCUGUUCAAAGCAUACGGCCUCCAUACGAUCACACCUUGAUGGAUGAAAACGGUCAUUUUGUGUAUCUGGAAGCUACACCGGUGGGACUCAAAGGUGAUAAAGCUCAUAUCAGAAGCUCUAUUUGGAAGGAGUCCAGUGCCAUCUGCAAGCUCUCCUUCUGGUACUACAUUUCCCACAAGGCCACAGGAACCAUCCGGCUGCUGAUCAAGACAGAGAACGAUUUGCUGGAAGUGUGGAAUAAAACGGGGCAUCAGGGGAAUAAGUGGAACCGAGCUGAGAUUCCCCUGAGGAAGCUGAGGAACUUUGAGGUGAUAUUUGAGGGGGUUCGCUCGAGGGAUGUGAGCGGAGGAGCCGCCCUGGAUGACCUGGAGUUCAUAGACUGUGCCCCAAAUGCCGUGGAGCCGGUCACCUGUCCGGCAGUCACAGACUUUGUGUGUCGCAGUGGCGACUGCAUCGAGUCUCACCUGGUGUGCGACAACAAGCCCGACUGCGCUGAUGAAUCAGAUGAGGUAGACUGUGACCAUAUUUUUGGUUUGCCAGGUGCUUGUGAUUUCAACAUGGAUGAAAACCAGUGGGAAGAGAUCUGCCAGCUUUCUCAGGGGGCAGAUGAUGACUUUGAUUGGAGGAUAAGUGACAAGACUGAGACUUUAGGAGCUGGACCUCACACUGACCACAGUCCGGGUGGUGGGGGGAAGUUUCUGUAUAUACACUCAGCCACUCAGAGGGAGGGCGACAUUGCAAAGCUGACAACCAGGAGUCCAUUUCCAGCCAGCAUCGGCCUGUGUCACCUGCGCUUCUGGUUCUUCAUGCAUGGCUCAGACAGGAUGGGAACGCUGAAGGUCUAUACUGUUGGACCCAGUGGUACCAGUCUGUUGAUGUGGGCUGCCACUGGAAACCAUGGCAACCAGUGGACAUAUGCUAAUGUCAUCAUGUCCAACCCAGCACCUUUCAGAGUGACCUUCCAGGCGGAAGUGGGUGGAGACAUAUGGACAGACAUUGCCCUGGAUGACAUUUCCUACACGGCAGAGUGUAUGGUCGGAGGACCGGUAACUCCUCAGCCUCUGACCUGUGGUGUGGACCAUUUCCAAUGUGCGUACUCCCUUCAGUGCAUCGCAGAGAGCUGGUGGUGUGACGGAGAGCCUGACUGUGUUGAUCAGUCAGAUGAAGAGCAUUGUCUGACCUCGGUACCUGGUACUCUUCCUCCUCAAGACCGCUGUCCUACUGGCUAUUAUCAGUGUUCAAACUAUCUCUGCCUCCCCUCCUUACUGCGCUGUGACGGCGUCCCUGACUGUCCUGACGGAGAGGAUGAGUACAGCUGCCCUCUGCUGCAGUGUGAGCUGGGAGAACUGGUGUGUGAAGAAGGUUCACCUGGUUGUAUCCCACUUCAGAAGCGGUGUGACCACUCGGUCGACUGUCUGCCUUUCCACUCUGAUGAGUCCAGCUGCCAUGAUUGUCCUCCGAGGUAUUGCCUGGAUCAUGGCUCAUGCCUUGUGCAGAGACAUGGGCCUGUUUGCAAAUGUUCUCCAGGAUGGACAGGAAACCGUUGCCACGUGAGGGAGAAGCCGUCUCUCGCCACCGCGACACCCAAACCAGAGGACACACCGCUGGACGCUGUGUAUGUUGGCAUUGCCAUCGGUCUGCUGCUGCUCUUAGCCGGAGUCGCCGUCUGCGUUCUGGCUGUAUGCAAGAAAAAAUGCCACUUGAUAAAGCCUGACCCGAUGGACUACGGGGUGAUGGAUAGCCCAGCCUUUGACUGGAGAACAGAGCUCCCGUCCCUGGAUAAAAGACCAGGCGGUUGUCCCAGAGUUAAUCCCAGAGGGAGUGACGGGCUUUCCAUCAGCGUCUACCCCUGGAGGAGAGAGGUGGAGGGUUCGACCUGGAAAGACGCCAACCUGUCCUUCGCCAACCCGUUGUACAAUUGCCCCCCUGAUGUUAAUGGCACUGAGCACAAAAGCUCUGAAGCAUAA